GGCUUCAAAAUCAAUCCUCUUUAAAAAAAAAAAGAAGAAGAAUGACGAUCCAAAACGCGAUUGUGAAACGCUCCCUCAUUCUCCUCCUCUUCAUCUUAACCGUGUCGGAAACGGCGUUUUCUCAAAACUGCGGUAAGACCGGUUGCCCACGCAACCUCUGCUGCAGCAGAUGGGGAUAUUGCGGUUCCACAAACGCCUACUGCGGGGCCGGUUGUCAGAAUGGACCUUGCAAAUCCAAACCCAGCCCCAGCCCGAGCCCCAGCGGAAGCGGCGGUCUAAACGCAGGUCCCCGUGGUACGAUUGAGAGCAUCAUAACGCCUGCCUUCUUCAACAGCAUUAUCAGCAAAGUCGGUAGCGGUUGUCCGGCCAAAGGGUUCUACACGCGACAGGCUUUUAUUACGGCGGCUAAAUCUUUCGCUGCCUACAAGGGGACGGUGGCUAAGCGUGAGAUCGCCGCUAUGUUGGCUCAGUUCACUCACGAAUCUGGAAAUUUCUGUUACAAGGAAGAAAUAGCAAGGGGAAGAUACUGCUCGCCAAGCACCGUAUACCCUUGUGCACCGGGCAAGAACUACUACGGUCGUGGUCCGAUCCAAAUCACAUGGAACUACAAUUACGGUGCCGCCGGCAAGUUCUUGGGACUGCCCUUGUUGAGGGACCCGGACAUGGUGGCUCGAAGCCCGGCGGUCGCGUUCAAGACGGCUAUGUGGUUCUGGAACAAGAACGUCCGUCCUGUCCUGAGCCAAGGUUUCGGUGCGACAACUCGAAGAAUCAACGGCGGCGAAUGCAACGGAGGAAGACCUAGCGCCGUCAGGGCAAGGGUUAACUACUACAAGCAAUACUGCCAGAAGCUUGGGAUCACCCCUGGCUCGAACCUCUACUGUUAAAUGUCAUUAACCAUGGUUCCGAGUGGUGUUGUGUCGUGACUCGUGCGAGUUCGUAACUAAAAAGUUAUUGUGCUGAAUAAAACUCGGUAUGAAGAAACCUUGGACUCGUGCGAGUCCGUAUCGAUUGGGUCAAUGCAGUUAUGGUUUUUGUUAUCCAAUAAAUAAUUAAAUAUACUGGUGUUGUUAUAUA